CAUGGGAUCCCUGCCACUCUUAUGAGGUAGAGAGACCCUUAUGAGGUAGAGAUUGGCACUGGCUGAGACCUCAGCCUGCCAGCCACCGCCGGCCCGAGAUGUCAGGCGGUGACAAGAAUGGGGGCAGCCACUCCAGCAGCAGCCGCCUGCAGAGCAAGAAGCCUCCCAACCUCUCCAUCGUCAUCCCACCUCGGGAGGCAGAGGAGGAGGGCACCCAGAAAGAGGUGAGGAGCCUCCCCCCCUCCAGGGUCCCCAUCUACCGCAAGAGCAAGAGCCUGCAGGAGCCCCGCUGGGAGCGGCGGCCUGGCUUCCGCCGGCAGACCUCCCUGUCCCAGAGCAUCCGCAAGGGCACGGCGCAAUGGUUCGGCAUCAGCGGCGACUGGGAGGGGAAGCGGCAGCAGUGGCAGCGCAAGAGUCUGCAGCACUGCAGCCUGAGGUACGGGAAGCUGAAGCCUGCCUAUCGCGACAUGGAGCUGCCCAGCCAGGAGGUGCCCUCCUUCCAAGGCACCGAGUCACCCAAGCCUGCCAAGAUGCCCAAGAUCGUGGACCCGCUGGCCAGAGGCCGUCCCUUCCGCCACCCCGAUGAGACUGACCGGCCCCACACCCCCCACCACGUCCUGCCCCCGCUCACCCCUGGCGUCGUCUCCUUGGCAUCCUUCAACAGCAUCCGCUCCGGCCACGGCCGCCUGCCACGCAGGAAGAGGGAAUCUGUUGCCCACAUGAGCUUCAAGGCAGCUGCAGCCCUUCUCCGUGGACGCUCUGUCCUGGAGCCGCUGGCUCCCAAGCAGAGGAGCAACAAGAGGAGCUUCCUGUUCCCCAGCUUCAUGGAUGAGGACAUGGUGGAUGCUGCUGAUACCCUGGACUCUUCCUUCUUCAGUAAGGCAAGCACUACGUACUCCAUGCCCGACGAUGUCUUCGAGUCACCGCCCCUGUCAGCCACCUAUCUCCGCAUGCACCCGGUGGGGGAUGAUGCCAGGGUGUCCCCCGAGGGUGUCCGGCUGCCGUCGGCUGCCAGCGGCACGGCGCCGCGGCGCGGCCGGCGCAUCGCCUCCAAGGUCAAGCACUUCGCCUUCGACCGCAAGAAACGCUACUACGGGCUGGGGGUGGUGGGCAAGUGGCUGAACAGGACCUACCGCCGCAGCCUCAGCAGCAUCGUGCAGUCCCAGCUGGAGAUGACCGACAGCCACCGGCCGUAUUUCACCUACUGGAUCACCUUUGUCCACAUCCUCAUCACCUUGCUGGUCAUCGGCACCUACGGCAUCGCUCCCAUCGGCUUCACCCAGCACGUGACGACAGAGUUAGUGCUGAGGAACAAGGGUGUCUAUGAGAGCGUCAAGUACAUCCAGCAGGAAAACUUCUGGAUUGGGCCCAGCUCGAUCGACCUGAUCCACCUGGGAGCCAAGUUCUCCCCCUGCAUCCGGAAGGACCGGCAGGUGGAGCGGCUGAUCCAGCGGGAGCGGGACCGGGAGCGUGGCUCCGGCUGCUGCGUCCAGAAUGACAACUCAGGCUGCAUCCAGACCCUGCCACAGGACUGCUCGGAGACUCUGGCAACGUUCAUCAAGUGGCCAGGCGCCAAUGCACCGGCCAUGGGCUCGGGUGAGAAGAGGACAUCAGGGGCUGUGUGUCACCAGGACCCCAGGACCUGUGAGGAGCCAGCAUCCAACCCACCUCAUGUGUGGCCAGACGACAUCACUAAGUGGCCAAUCUGCACCUAUGAGACCAAAACCAACCACACAGGCUUUGCCCACCUGGACUGCCAGAUAAAGGGCAGGCCCUGCUGCAUUGGCACCAAGGGCAGCUGUGAGAUCACCACGCGGGAGUACUGCGAGUUCAUGCAUGGCUACUUCCACGAGGAGGCCACGCUCUGCUCACAGGUGCACUGCCUGGACGAGGUCUGUGGCCUCCUGCCCUUCCUCAACCCGGAGGUCCCUGACCAGUUCUACCGCCUGUGGCUGUCCCUGUUCCUGCACGCUGGCAUCAUCCACUGCCUGGUGUCGGUGACUUUCCAGAUGACAGUGCUGAGGGACCUGGAGAAGCUGGCAGGCUGGCAUCGCAUCUCCAUCAUUUUUAUCCUCAGUGGCAUCACAGGCAACCUGGCCAGUGCCAUCUUCCUGCCAUACCGGGCAGAGGUGGGUCCUGCUGGAUCCCAGUUCGGCUUGCUGGCCUGCCUCUUCGUGGAGCUCUUCCAGAGCUGGCAAGUGCUGGAGAAACCCUGGAAAGCCUUCCUCAACCUCUUCGGCAUCGUCCUCUUCCUCUUCAUCUGCGGCCUCUUGCCGUGGAUCGAUAACAUCGCUCACCUCUUCGGCUUCCUCAGCGGCCUCCUGCUCUCCUUCGCCUUCCUGCCCUACAUCACCUUCGGCACGGUGGACAAGUACCGCAAGCGAGCCAUGAUCAUCGUCUCCUUGCUGGUCUUCCUGGGGCUCUUCGCCUCCCUGGUGGUCUGGCUCUACGUCUACCCCGUGAACUGGCGCUGGGUGGAGUCCCUCACCUGCCUGCCCUUCACCAGCAAGUUCUGUGAGAAGUACGAGCUGGAGCAGGUCCUGCACUGACCCCGCUGGCUGGGACGGGGCUGGCAGAGGUGUUGGUGGGGGAUGGUCUCCGUGGGGUGGGUCUUCACCAGCACCCCUCCAGGAGAGGGUGGCUGCUCCGGGCACAGCUUCAUCCUUGGGGCUGGGUGGGUUUGGGUUCACCCCUGUCAAGUGUUAGGAUGCAGUGGGGAGCAGGAGUGGAGCUACUCUGCCUUGCUCCUCCUUGGGGCUGCCUCUUGGUACUGAAAAGCCAUAAGCGGUUCGGGGACUGACCUCAGCUUCCACCUGCUGAGAGAUUGGAACUUUUGUAGGUCCACAGCCAGGCUGGGCUCCCAGCCAUGGGCCUCAAAAGCACCUGGGAAUGAAGUUACCAAGGUCUCCUGCCUGCUCUGUGCCCCAUCCUGCCUCUGUGCCCCUGGGGGCUGCAGCUCAUACUGUGAACACAAUCCCCUUUUUUGCAGGGGCACUUUUUUUUUAUCCACAGCUCUUUGGACCGAGGGUUUCCCACAGCUUGGGUUCCUCCUGGCCUCUGCCAUAGCCCCAGGGCAUUCAGAGCUGAGCUUCCAAGGUAUUUCUCAGUCCCUCUCUCACACCUGAUGUUUCCCUGAGGCCAGGGAAAGAGGCUGGUGCUUCCCCACUUGGGCUCCUCGCUGGAUGGAGAGGCAGGACUUGGGGCGUGGGGGCUGCUUCUCCUCUUAUUUCGGUGAAUUUCUCUCUUUGGAAGUGGAGAAGCCACACAUAAGGUGUUUCUAGUAUCACAGUGGGAGGCAAAUGUAGAGAAAAACACCCUUGGGGGCUUGUGUGGUUGCUCCUGGAGCCCACAGACCCCUUUCUGUUCUGUCCCUACUGUUACCCUUUUUCCUUUUUCAAAGUGUAGACUCCCAGGUAACCCCCACCCUGCCUCAAACAGUGCUGCCAGGCUGGGGCAGUCACCUUCUCCUGUCCCUGCCUGCCCCCAGCCCUCUUCCCCAGCAUUUCCUCCUCCCUCCCACUGGCGAUGCUGUGAAGGCAGGUCCUUCCUGGGGUCCAGGUGACUCCUCUGGGCUGGUUUGGAGUCAGACUGCUGCCAGGCUGUCUCUUCCUUGGUAUGUGCUACCCUGGCAGUGGUGGGUCUCAGCACUGUUAAAUAGGGGAAGGUGGGGAUGUUCUGGGAUGAGUAUUCAAGGGCUGGGAGCUUGGCUUCCUCUAACCACAACCACUCUCCAGGUGACCCCAGAGAUCUAUGGCACCUGCAUCCCUGCUUGCAUCCAUCCCUCCAUCCUUCCCUUCACCAUGGGGCAGUUUUCAGCCCUGCUCUGUCCCUCUGGUGCUGCUCCAGCCAAAGACAGCCACUUCACCUCAUUUUGUCUCUUUUUGAUACUUUUUUUUAAAAGCUGUGGGUUUUCCCCCUUAAUAAAUU